AUGGACAAAAUAGAUGCCAUUAUAUUUAAGCCAAGAGACAUGGGCAAAUGCCCGCCAAGCAAACCGCCCGGACAAGUGUGGAUAUUUGCUGAAUUCGAGAGCCCUAGCUAUUAUUUUCAAACGAAAUGUUUUUAUGAUCUAAAGAAUAAAGUGAAUUGGACAAUGACAUAUCGGCGAGAUGCAGACUUUACUCUUGAGCAUGGCUACUUCAGAAAAAGAAAUAAACCCAAAUACAGCAACAAGGAACUGGACGACAUUUUUGCAAGGAAAAACAAGACGGCAGUGGUUUUCAUUAGCCAUUGUCCAGUAAAAAGUGAAAGAUUAAAAUUUGUCAAACUCCUGCAGUCCCAUGGUGUACAAGUUGACGUCUUUGGCUCAUGUGGGAAAAUAUUGAAACAGUGUGAUAAUAAACUUCGCUACCAGGCAUGUUUCAACAUAUCAGGGGUUCUUCAACCUGAUUGUUUCAAUUUUGUUCUACCACAAUAUAAGUUUUUCCUUUCGUUUGAAAAUUCUCUUUGUUUGGAUUACACGACAGAAAAAUCUCAACAUCGCGUUAUGCAACAUCCGAUCAUACCAGUAAUACGCGAUGGCAGUAACACAUCCAUGUUACAUCCUCCUCAGUCCUACAUAAACACAGACGAUUACAAAUCUGUUAAAGAGCUUGCUGAGCAUAUGAAGAUGUUGGCUGACAACAAGACAGCUUACUUGGAAUAUUUCAAAUGGAAACAGCAUUACUAUUCGGAGGAUAUGUACUUGGAAUGGAACGCAGCAUUUUGCAGGAUAUGUGAAAGACUGCACAAUCCGGACAAUUAUAGACGCAUUUAUGGUAACAUUGCAGCUUGGCACAUUUCACCGAGAGGACAAAAUGCGUGUUACAAUCCUACAGAUCUCAAGCCAUGA